AUGCCCCACUCUAGCCUGCACCCAUCCAUCCCGCGGCCCAGGGGGACCAGGGCCCAGAAGGCAGCCUUGGUCCUGUUCGCCGUCUGCCUGGCAGCCCUUUGGGGGCUGGGGGAGCCACCAGAACACAUUCUCCAAUGGCUGGUGCUCCACCUGGCCUCCCUGCAGCUGGGACUGCUCUUCAAGGGGGUCUGCCAUCUGACUGAGGAGCUGUGCCACCUCCAUUCCAGGUACCAGGGCAGCUCCUGGAGGGCUAUGCGUGCUUGCCUGGGCUGCCCCAUUCGCUGUGGGGCCCUGCUGCUGCUGUCCUGCUAUUUCUAUGGCUCCCUCCCAAACCCAGCUGGCUGGCCCUUCCCUUGGACGCUUGCACUCCUGGGCCUUUCGCAGGCACUGAACAUCCUCCUGGAGCUCCAGGCCCUAGCCCCAGCUGAGGUCUCUGCAGUCUGUGAAAAAAGGAACUUCAACGUGGCCCAUGGGCUGGCAUGGUCAUAUUACAUUGGGUACCUGCGGCUGAUCCUGCCAGGGCUCCCAACCCGGAUACGCAUGUACAAUCAGCUGCAGACCAACAUGCUACGGGGCAUACGGAGCCAUCGGCUGCACAUCCUCUUCCCUUUGGACUGUGGGGUGCCUGAUGACCUGAGUGUGGCCGACUCCAACAUUCGCUUCCUCUAUCAGCUGCCCCAGCAAAGUGCUGACCGUGCUGGCAUCAAGGGCCGGGUUUACACCAACAGCGUCUAUGAGCUUCUGGAAAACGGGAAACCGGUGGGCAUCUGUGUCCUGGAGUACGCCACCCCCUUGCAGACGCUUUUUGCCAUGUCCCAGGACGGCCGAGCUGGCUUUAGCCAGCAGGAUCGGCUGGAGCAGGCCAAACUCUUCUGCCGGAUACUGGAAGACAUCCUGGCAGAUGCCCCUGAGUCGCAGAACAACUGCCGCCUCAUUGUCUACUCAGAACAUGCAGAGGGAAGCAGCUUCUCCCUGUCCCAAAAGAUUCUCCAGCACUUGCGGCAGGAGGAAAGGGAGGUCACUAUGGGCAGCCUGGACACCUCGAUUGUACCCAGUUCCUCUACGCUGUCCCAGGAGCCCAAGCUCCUCAUCAGUGGCUUGGAACAGCCUCUCCCACUCCGCACGGAUAUCUCCUGA